AUGCCUAGUCUACCAGGUGAGGACUCGCUAUAUGAUCAGUAUGGUGUCGUAAUUGAUGCAGGCUCAUCUGGCUCCAGACUUUAUGUGUACAAGUGGCAGGAUCCGCAGUUUACUGCAGGCCAAGCAAACAACGAACUUCAACACUCUGUACCUCAAAUACAUUUGGAGAAAGAGUGGACAUCUAAAACCUCACCAGGUCUGUCAUCCUUCGCUUCCAAACCUAAGAAGGCCUUUUCUGAGCAUAUAAAGCCCUUGCUGGAAUUUGCGGAAAGCAUCGUGCCCAGGGAAAAAUUGCAGUCCACACCAGUAUUUCUCCAGGCUACCGCCGGCAUGAGACUUCUUCCCGAGGCGAAGAGAAACGCAAUAUUGGAAAACGUUUGCCAUGGCAUGAAACAGCUCAGCAGCUUUUCAGUCGAUAAUUGCGAAUCUCGAAUUCAAGUGAUCGAUGGGGAAACGGAAGGUCUUUAUGGGUGGAUCGGGCUUAAUUAUCUGCUCGGUAACUUGAAUGAUUUUCAGACCACGGAUUCCAACCAUCAGUCGUUUGGCUUUAUGGAUAUGGGAGGCGCCUCUGCUCAAAUCGCUUUUGUGCCGAGCAACGAAUCAGAGAUUGAGAAACAUGAUGACGACAUCUCAACCAUCACCUUGAGAAGCGUCAACGGUGAAGCGCAAAGUUGGAGGGUUUUUGUAAGUACUUGGCUCGGGUUCGGGGCAAAUCAGGCUAGGAGCAGAUAUCUUGCUCAAAUGGUCAACAGGCUCCCCGAGAAUUCAAACGACCGUCACGACGAUGAUUUAAGUACAAGAAGACUGACAGACCCUUGCAUGCUCAAGGGAUCCAGCAGCAAUUUCAAGUUCAAGGAUGUUGAGUUUCAAGUGAUCGGUUCGGGAAAUUACAAACAUUGUGCAAAGUCAAUAUUUCCAUUGUUGAUGAAGGAUAUUCCGUGUAGAGAAGAACCCUGCUUGUUUAAUGGAGUUCACGCACCUUCCAUCGAUUUUUACAAAGAUAAAUUCGUUGGUACCUCCGAGUUUUGGUACACCGCAAAUGAUGUCUUUCAGAUCGGAGGAGAAUACAAUUUCUAUGAUUUCAGUCUCAAAGUGAACGAGUAUUGUGAGACAAACUGGAGUGAGAUCGAAGAGUUGAGCAAGUCUGGAAAAUUCAAUGAUUUGUCUCCUAAGCUUCUCAUGGAAUCCUGCUUCAAAGCCAACUGGAUCCUGUCUGUCCUGCACGAAGGCUUCGAAAUGCCGAGAGUCGGGAUAGAAGUACCAGGGAGUGAAGACGACAAAAAGGAUGACACGGAAAAGAUAGUAGCUGCUGCUGCUGCUUUUCGAAGUACCGACUCCGUCAAUGGGCACGAGCUUUCGUGGACUUUAGGGAAAAUUGUACUAUACGCUUCCGCCCUGGUGGCGGAUCCAUCGGAGGAUUUACCUGUUGGGAUUAGACCCAGUGCCAACGACAUACAAAACUUUAACAAGAAGUUCAUUCCAGGAUGGGCGACUCAAUAUCAAAGCGGAAGCAAUUCCAUUCUCAAUUUUUCGAGGUUCUUUUCACUAUUAGUGAUGAUACUCAUAGUCGCAGCUGUUGUCUCUCUUCUCGUGGGAAGAAAUAUUCAUAAACAACAAAGCUCCCUGACCAAGUCAGCUCUUUCGCUGGUCAAAAAACUCAGAUCCAAAUUAUCUACAUUGAAGAACUCUGCACUUUCGACUACUGAACCUGAUAGCGAUUUAGAGGAAGGGCUUAUUUUUAGGCCGACAAGAGGCAGCGAAGAAAGGGAAGGGAUUCAAGUUAGAAGCAGAAGCAUGUUCAACCUCGAAGAAGCAAGACAUAUUCCCAGAGAAAAUUUUCAGAUGGGAAAUAGAGCAAUGGCUGCUUCUCCCGAUCUCUCUGGGCCUGAACGGGUCGAAUUGAGAGCUGCCUUUUCAUUGGCAGAUUUCAGUAAUUUCAUCAAGUCAGCAACGCCAAGCAAAAAAGAUUCUAAUUAA